UCCAAAUUUUGGUAUUGUAGAGCCUACGGCACUGAAGUGAUUGAAUAUUACGCAGAACUCUCUGUCAUCCCGUGCUCAAUUACACCAAAAAGUCUUUAGAACCACCUAGGCAAGAUGAUCAUCGAACGUGAUGUGGGUAUCCCUUCAGACGACGGACUUCUACUCCGGGCCGACAUUUUCAGGCCUGAUGACGAAAAACCUGCACCGGUUAUUAUGACACAGGGCCCGUAUGGAAAAGGAGUGGAAUAUAAAUCCGGCCCCUACGCUCGUCAAUGGGAGUGGCUUCUGAAAACUCACCCCGACAUUCUCCCAAACUCCACAAAGUCAUAUAUGACAUGGGAGACUGUUGACCCGGAGCUUUGGACCAGUUGGGGUUAUGUUUGCAUUCGGGUCGAUUCUAGAGGAGCGGGAAGAACUGCAGGGUUCCUCGAUGUUUAUUCUCCACGUGAGACUAAGGAUUUCUAUGAGGCUAUCGAGUGGGCAGCAUGCCAGACGUGGAGUAAUGGAAAAGUUGGUUUGCUGGGCAUCUCCUAUUAUGCAGUCUCGCAGUGGCUAGUUGCUUCUUUGCAACCACCCCAUCUGGCCGCCAUGAUCCCAUGGGAAGGCGCAGCAGAUUACUACCGUGACAAAUUUCGACAUGGUGGAAUUGCUUCAAUUUCAUUCGUUGAUAAAUGGUAUUCGCGUCAAGUUGUCUCAAAUCAACAUGGAAAUGAUCAAGGACAAAUGGAUCCAUGGCUUAUGGAACGUGCGACUGGUCCAGAACGGCUUUCAGAGGAUGAUUUACUCGCAAAUCGUGCUGAUCCUGCGAAGUCGGCUCUAGAUCAUCAUUUGGACGAUGAGUAUUACCGGGGACGCUCCGCCGACUGGUCUAAAAUUACAGUGCCCUUUCUCAGUGCAGCUAACUUAGGUGGGUUUGGGCUUCACGGGCGAGGAAACUACGAAGCAUUCACUCAAGCCGCAUCGACUAAGAAGUGGUUAGAGAUUCACCCUGGUAGGCACGAGGAGUGGUUCUACCUUGACGAAAAGAUAAAGAUGCAAAGGCAAUUCCUUGACCACUUCCUCAAGGGAAUCGAUAAUGGCUGGGGCCAAGAGUCCCCUGUGCUACUACACUUAAGGCGGCCAUUCAGUACCGAAUUUGAACUUCGUAGAGAGCCCGAGUGGCCGUUGCGGUCAACACGAUGGACGAAUAUAUACUUUGAAGCAUCAAAAAAGGCCCUGACGUGGCAGUUUCCAACUCAGCAAAGCAGUAUUAUGUUUGAAGCCCUAGGCGAACCUGUGACAUUUAUGUCUCCUCCAUCUAGCCAGGAGACUGAGAUAACGGGUCCAAUGGCAGCGAAGCUCUUCGUCUCGUCCUCAACUUCUGACGCAGACUUCUUCGUAACGUUACAGGCCUUCUCACCAGACGGUAAAGAAGUUGAUUUUCCAGGUAGUAUUGACCCACGCACGCCCCUUGCUCAGGGGUGGCUUCGUGCAUCUCAUCGAAAACUCGACUCUAAACGUAGCUUACCUUAUCGACCAUACCACACCCAUGACGAGAUCCAGCUUCUUGAUCCUGAUAAGGUCUAUGAGCUCGAUAUAGAAAUCUGGCCAACACAUAUCAUCUUGCCUCCUGGAUUUCAGAUCGCGCUUCAGAUAGGUGGCAAGGACUUUGAGCGACCUCUACCACCUGAUAUACCGACAGGAGAGUGGGUUUCGAGAGGAUCGGGCCCGUGGUUGCAUGAUCAUCCCGAGGACAGACCGGCUGAUGUGUUCGGAGGAACGACGACGAUCUAUACUGGCGGGGCUACUGGGUCAUUUUUGCUUUUACCUGUCAUUGAACAGCAUUGAAUGGAG